AUGUCGGGGAAAAAUACCACCGAAAAGAUUCCGGAAAUCGACGCACACGUCAGCAAACAUUAUGACAUAAUUCGACGUCUCGGCAAGGGGGCCUAUGGUAUAGUUUGGAAGGCGAUUGACAGAAAAACGAAGGAGACGGUCGCGGUGAAGAAGAUCUUCGACGCUUUCCAGAACCAGACGGACGCGCAGCGCACGUUCCGCGAGAUAAUGUUCCUACUGUCGUUCGCCAAUCACGAGAACAUCAUACGACUGAUCGGUCUGCACAAGGCGGACAACGACCGGGAUAUAUAUCUCGUGUUCGAGUUUAUGGAAAUCGAUCUCCACAACGUCAUCAAAAAGGGCAAUCUCCUCAAGGACAUCCACAAGGUCUUCAUCAUGUAUCAGCUAUUUAGGGCGAUCAAGUACAUACAUUCGGGGAACGUGAUACAUAGGGAUCUCAAGCCGUCGAACGUUCUACUGAACUCGCAGUGUCACUGUAAAAUCGCCGACUUUGGUUUAGCGCGAUCGGUCACUCAGAUCGGCGAAGGUGACGGCGAAAAUGGCAGCGAUCCAAUCCUUACGGAUUACGUCGCGACCCGCUGGUACCGAGCGCCGGAAAUACUUGUCGCGUCUAAAAGGUACACCAAGGGUAUCGACAUGUGGUCCUUAGGAUGUAUUCUUGGUGAAAUGCUCCUGGGGAAGCCGCUGUUCCCUGGUUCAUCGACAAUCAACCAGGUUGAAAGAAUAAUGGCCACUCUCCCAACGCCCAGCAAGGAAGAUUUGAUGUCAGUCUGCGUCGGUUACGGCACGAAUUUGCUAGAGAAAACACCGAGCGGGCCGAGGCGAUCAUUGAGGGAUCUAUUGCCCGACGUGUCUGGAAAGGCAUUGAACCUUAUCAGCAAUCUAAUAGUGUUCAACCCCAAUCGCAGAUUAACCGCUGUGGAGGCUUUGGAACACCCCUACGUAGCUGAUUUUCAUAGACGGAACAACGAACCGGAACGAGGAUCGAGCGUGGUGUUGCUGCUCAGAGACGAUGUACAACUCUCCGUUGAUGAGUACAGAAAUAAGCUUUACUCGAUGAUGGACGAGAAGCAUCGUAAGCAUAAAAACAUGUCCAAGUCCAGAAUCAGACGACUUUCAGAACACAUCAGGAAGGAAACUACUGCUAAUCGUUCUAGUCCUGUCAUCGGUCAAGGUGACGGGACUGUUGGCAAGAAUCAUGCGCAUUCGUACCAAGAUUUACGCAAGGAUAAAAAUAAAAACGACGUCUACGAGCCUUCCUGUUGCGAAGCACGUGAUCAGCUAGCGAGCAGGAAAACUACACGACAGCAACAAAUUGAUAGCGGUGAGAGAAUUACGAAGACAAGAACUAUAAGCACCUCAAUGGAACCUCAAACGCAAAACUCGACCGUCAAGAAUCUACGGCCGACUGCCAAAAGCGUGGCCACGCAGUACACGUAUAAUUUAAUGAACGGAAACGUAAACAACUUCACACCCAGCGGAACUAAGAGUUGCCUGUACAUUAACCAACAACACCGGCAGUUAUCCAAAUCCCAGCGAUCUAUACAGUCCGACCAAGUGCCGAUGUGGUCCCCUGAUGGAACAUCGGGUCAGAUAGCGCAGGCAGGUCGGACGAAGACACGAAAGAACUGCAAGCAGGACUGCGCACCUGCUCGGUUCACGUCGGACACGAACUGGCGCGAGAAGGAUCGUCAGAAGAUCGCGUCUACGCACGACAGUCCCCAAAGUCUACAGGCGAAGUAUUUUGCGAAGACUCCGGACAGUACUGUCAGUUACUAUCUCAGAUCUAGCAGCAACAACAACGCCAAAAACACCACCGGCUGCAAAGCGAACAGCGCUGAAUCGGUGUACGCCUCGCGUCCAUCAACUACGAAGAAUCAGGCUAUCCGGAAUUAUUUGAAUCAAACGAUGCCGGCGCGAAUCGAGGAACAAAAGCCACUUCCUUGCCGGACGAAAAGCGGCCGUUCCCUGCCCGAUCAUCGCAUGAUCCUGCGGAACAAUGUUGACAAAUCACAGCCGGCAGACUGUCUCACUAACGGCGCUCAUCGAUCAAAGACCUCCGCUCCAAAUCGCAGCUGCGCCAUAAGGGCGCAGUCGAAACACUCCGAUGAGACAAAAUGGACCUCGCCGAUGAACAACUCGCGUUUUCUUGACAGUUAUAGUCAGAGUCACGGUGUUAUAACGGCGUCUGCGUACAAAGAUCUGCGAAACGGGAAUAUAAGAUGGUAAAAAAAUAUCGACGGGUCGAACUUUCAGGGAAAAUGAACGGCGACUUCCUGUCAGAAUUUAUGCGCUUACAAGAGGGCCCCGAUAAAAUAUUUUUAUACUAUUCUUUUCGUCGAGUAGAUCUUUUUACAUCUUCGUAGACACUUAAAUUCCCGGGAAUGUUCGAUGUCAGUAUUAUAAAUAAGUAAGAAUCGUCGUUUUUUCUUGUAUCAGCAACAGUCGAAAGAUGUAUUAUCAAGCAUCGUCGUGUUCUUUAGGUGGUCGAUGCGAAAAUGCAAUCGCGGGCUGACGGUGGCCGUUCCUUUUCUCGAAAGCUGCGAGCUGUGUCGCGCAGUUACUAGUCGAAAGUUCCUAAAUAAAAUUUACAAGAAGCCAGCAUGUCGAACAAUCGAUACUCCGAGUUUCCACGGGAGGGACCCUUGUUCCGCGCGGAAGCAUCGUCGACGCAAACAAUGGCAAACAAUAAAACUGAUCCCGCGGCGAACGGUACUUUAAGCGCUUAGGUAAGCAGAAUCUUGCGAGCUGCGAUCUUUUUAUAACCGUACGAUAUAAGGAUCGAAGAACCGGAGGUAUGAAAUAAUCAAUAAAGAUCGAAUCUCACCUAUUUCGUUAAACUGACUAUCUGCAUCUUCAUUGUCCCUGGAACACUGCAUAGUAAAACUCGAUCGGGGGUCCGAUAAUCACCGCGUUGAAAUUCGACGGAGACUCGAAGACACAACCGAGAGCAAAGUAAAUAACCACGAAACUCGGAGCUAAAUAAGAAAAAGCCUAAAAGGUUCGGAAGUGUAUCAAUUUCGAUGUUUCUCGACCAUGAGAGGCGAAAAAUUAACCCUGCUUCGUUGUUACUCGUCGACAUUGUUGUUGCCCGUGUAGCGUGUAAAUUUCUUUGUAAUAUAUCUUUUUGUGAUACUUUUACGCGAGCAUGUGGUAAUGUCUAAUUCCAAUGUAUUACCUGUCGUGGAAUAAAUUUGUACU